AUGACGUGGAAGGCUGCUCAUUCGUUUUGCUUGCAACAUGACAGCCGUCUUGCAAAUUUAACUGAUGUUCAAGUUAUUAACAAGACAGCGACUGAUGGGAGGCGAUACUGGAUAAAUAAUGCUGAAAUUACGGUCUACUCUCCACAAGAUCCAUUACAAGGCUGGUACUGGCUUGAUGGCAGACAAUUUAAUGCCAGUCAUAGACGAGGGUUGUAUGGAAGACUCGAGAGAUACACUGGUCCGAGCGAGAGAUGUGCUAUGAUUCAUGAAAGCAAAAGUGUCAGUUGGAAAGAUAUGCCUUGCAAUAAAAGUUACUCAUUUGUCUGCAAAAAGAGAAAACGUAUUAAGAGCACGGUAUUUACUCUUUACAUGUUUCAAAUCCAUCGUAAAAAAAAACAAGCUGAGCAUUAGCAAUGGUAUAUAAUCUCGUGCCACUAUAUAAUCUAUAUAACCUUGUGUUUGUUUACUUUGUAUUUUGUUUGUUUUUAUGGGUGUUUAUCUAAACUUAUAAUAUAGGAUUUAAAAAUGUAUCUCUGUCUACUACGCAUGUGCGUUUGAAAUAGAAAGCGCACACUGCAGGCUUAUAUAGACCUUACUGUUCAUGCAUGUAUGUGUAAAAAACGCUUUAACCUCGAAUCAAAUCAAUCAGCCUCAAAUUAAUCAAAACACAAACUGAUAGAAUGUUCUUUAAAGGUGAUGUAAAGUCCGUUCUGCAGAUACGUUCUGCGCCCGCCUACAUUGGAACCCGCCAUCAUUGGAAUGUUGUUAAUAUUUCGCACCCUCCGAACUUAUUUGAAUUGAAUCUCUAGUCUGUAUUAAUUUGCAAGCGUAGCGAACAAGAAAAGUGUUAAAAAUACAGCAGUAAUAUAUAUCUAAUCAUAUUUUACAACAUGUAGCGCUGAAUUCAUCACCUUUAAAUAAAAUUAAAUUUCUUCUAUUCAGAGUGGUUCGGAUAUGGAUUCAAAAGAGGUGAAGGUAUACUCGUAUAUUUUAUAAUUUUUCUAUAUCUUCCUUUUAUUAUUUGUAAGCUUUCGAAUCGUUUGACGCUAUCUUUCGUUUCAUAUAUAGUGAUUUCUUCAUGGGAAGAGCUUGACGUAUGGUAUUUUCUCACGCCUGAAUUUGUUUCACAAACCAAACAAGCGAUGAGCGAGUGAGUUUUGUGAAAACAAAUUAACAAUUGUGCGAAAAACAUAUAAAAGCACUUCUUGUGCAUGAACAAAUUUGUUUAUUGUAGGUACUAUUCGUUUUUCAGACGAAUUGACUGAACAUCUACCCUGAGAGUAGAGCCUGAUUUUCCCUCGCGCAGAAAAUAAGGCUCUGCCGUUUUUGUGUUAAUUUCUGUCGCGCAUGCUCUGUCUCCAAUAUUAUGUCAAAACAUGUCAAAGAAAUUUGUCAAAGAUCAGUUGUAUUUUUAGAAUGAUUGCUAAAUUUAGAGAACCAAUCACAUGCAGUUAUCGCUACAUGCUGGGCGCGUGCAACUGCACGUGCUCUACAACUACGACAAUAUAACAAUACAAAAAUAUUUUCAAAUCGAUAGCUUUGUCACUUGUCAGUUGUGAAAUCAAACUAUUACUAUAUUUUUACAAUUGCUAACUUGCUAGUUUAUUCUAUCCUACGUUACUUUUCAGUAUAUUAGUUAAGUUAUUGUCAGCCAAAUUUCGGUUUUAAGUAUAAAGUUUAUAAAGUUUUAAAUUUUGUAAAUGUAUAGCGGGUUCAAAUUGUAGUCAUCGGUUUACAUGCAAAACGAAGGCGCGCGCAUUUAAAACCGGUUAGAACUGGUUUAUUACCGGUUUGUCCAGUUUACGAGCAAAAACACGAAAACGGCAGAGCCUAUUUUUCUACGCGAGGGGAAAUCAGGCUCUGCUCUCAGGAUACUGAACAUCAUGAACGGCGAUCAAUACUCAGUCAAUAUGUCCAAUUCUGACAGGACAAUGUCCUUUGACCGGCCGAUAUAUAACAAUGCAAGAAUUAUUAUUGGUUGUGACAUGCAUGUACAUGGAAUAACUCCAGAGUUAAAAUCGGUUUUGAAAUUGGCUGUAUAUAUACAUAUUUUCUAUGUGUAAAGUGUUUAAUUUUUUCUUACAAGUGACGUCACAACAUGUAAUUGUUUACUUCCGCCAUUUUGGAUGGCAAAUUAAAAAAAUAAUUAAAAGCAAACGUGGUGUUGAAGCAAGACUAUUCCUUUUUGUCCAUGAGGACCUUCCUGAAAAUCACCUUGAAAAUCACCAAACAAGUUCCAAAGAAUAAAAUGAUUUUGAAAUUCAACACCGAAGACCCAUAUGGACAAGAUUAGACUAUAAAUUUUCGAAUUCCAAUUUCUUAUUUCUUAUUGAUCGUUUAAUCUAUAUAGUUUUUGGUCCAACAUGCAUCUUUUUCUAGCAGACAUUUAGUGUGAAAAAAGGCAAAAGUUAAGGUAAAAUGUAAAUAAAAUCACUUCGGUCAAUUUCGUUUUGUAGGCCAAGAUCAAAGACAUAAUAAGUAGACGCUUCCACAAAGGAAAAAUUAAUAAGGUAAUUGUAAGAUAAUCUUGUUUGUGACAUACAUAACAAUUAAAACUUUCUUAAAAUUAAAGUGCUUAUGGAACGAAAUUUAACGCAAUUGCAUUCCGAAGAAAAUUCAAAUUUAAAAAAGAUUAUUUGCCCGCUGUUUUUAUUCUUAUUUUUGUACUAAUUUUUAUAGGGAGCGAACAUGGAAUUGCUUCAACUUGCCAAAAACAAGAGCUUCCGAGGAUCAUUUAAAACCACAAGAGGAGACGGGACAGUAGGUAUAUGUCAUUAA